UCUCGUCUUUUUUUAUCACUUAUCCAGAAAACAAAAACAGAUAAAUAAAUUUGCUUUUCCAGUUUUCACAGAUAUCCGAAGACAAACCCAGCUUGUGCGUCUGCUCAUGAUGUUUCACCUACCUUACCUUACCCUGCCCUUCACUCCUUCAUCUCGUGAUCCCUCCUUUAUUAUUUAGAGCACACUUACAUUUCCUCUCCUUGCUGCUUUUAUCUAUUUUAAUUCCCCCAUUUUCUUAUUCUCUCUCAUUUUCUAAACAAUUUAACUCUUUCUUAAUUGUUUAUUCUUGUGCCCUUCAAGAUUUAAAAACAACAUUUCCUUUCUUCCUUGAUUUGCUUAUUUUUGCUCCCUUCUCAAUCCAUCAAAUAUAUUUCUAAGCUUUAUUUCCCAUCUGGGUUCUCUUCACAGCUUGCAUUUUUUGUGUUCUAUGAUUUAUGUGAAUCUUGGGUUGUUUAUAAUUGAACUUAGUGUACUAAUUUGCGAUGUCUCGUUCCAAAUCUGAGCCGCCUAGUUGCUGUUCAACAACAGCCUCUUCUACUUCACGAUCACCGGUAGCUUCAACUGAGCUGAAGUUAUACCAAGCUUUCAUCUUUUCUGUUCCAAUUUUCUUCACUUUCAUCCUCCUCUUCUUGUUUUAUUUGUUCUAUCUUCGUCGUAGAAGGGUUGAUUGGGCAUCUCUUAGAAUGCGAGCUUCUUUGCAAGACCACACUGUUGACAUCUCUAGACAGGUUGAGAUGGGUUUGAAGAAAGAAUUGAGAGAAAUGCUUCCCGUUAUUGUAUACAAGGAAAGCUUCUCCGUCAGAGAUACACAAUGCCCGGUAUGCUUGGGCGACUACCAAGCAGAUGAUAAACUUCAACAAAUACCUGCAUGUGGCCACACAUUUCACAUGGACUGCAUUGACCAUUGGCUUACCAACCACAUUACCUGCCCCCUCUGCCGUCUUUCCCUCCUUGCAUCAGUCAAAGCUCCCAGUGAACCACCUAGAAAUCAAGUAGAAACUGUUCAGGAAUAUUCUGCGGCAGAGAAUGGUGAGGAAGCAUCUGUUCAACCAAGGCCAGAAAGUUGUGAAGAAUCACAUGCGACACCACUCUCUCAGUCAAUGGAUGAAGAAUCCAGGACUCUUCAAAACAGUGCUGGAGAAGAGCAAAGAUCUGAAUGUGCUGAUCAAGGGAGAGAGUUCAGGUUUGCAAGGAACGAAGCCGAAGAGCAUGAGAAUAGUAGAGAUUCUUCUGCUCAAUGUCAUGCAUAAAGUGAGAGAACGAAGCUGAUGGUGCCCUUCACCGAAUCCAUUGGCCAUCCCCCUUCAUGUUGCUCUCCAAGCAAGAAGAGGAGUUGCACAAAAUAGAUGUUGCCAGCCGGCAAGGUCCAUUGUUUCUCAUGUCGACGUGAAAAUCCGAAAGAGGCUUAAAUAUAUGAUCCGGCUACCAAGACUUGCAUCAUUCGAGGAGGGAGUCAUUUUGUCCACAGGAUUGGCAUCAUCAAUGCAGAUGGAUAAUGUGAUACGAAGGCGGGGGAUUGUAUAGCUGACAUCUGUACUUCUGUAUGGUACUGUUUUAGCCUGUAAUUUAUCAAGAAUUGAUGCAUUGUAUUCUUAACAUGGUGGUGGUGUUCAAGGACGUGGGAGAAGAUGUAUUUAAAGUGUUAUUUAUUUGGAAAUAUAUUAAAAUAAUUUUUAAAAUUUUUUAAAAA